CGAGCUGUUGGCUCCGCCCAGGCUUUGUAAAAGGUCACGUUGCGCUGCAGCACUGAUACAGGAGACCACUUCGCAUCCUCCGCGCGCACCUCACUUGCUCUCUAUCAGCUCUGACAUCCCUCAGCAGCCAUCAUGACUCAUCAGUAUCCCGCACUGACCCCUGAGCAGAAGAAGGAGCUGCAGGACAUUGCUCAGAGGAUAGUCGCUCCAGGCAAAGGCAUCCUCGCAGCUGAUGAGUCCACCGGCAGCAUGGCAAAGCGUUUAAACCCCAUCGGGGUUGAGAACACAGAGGAGAACAGGCGCCGCUACCGCCAGCUGCUCUUCACAGCCGACCAGCGCAUCGACAACUGUAUUGGAGGGGUCAUCUUCUUCCAUGAAACCCUCUACCAGAACACGGAUGAUGGCGUUUCCUUCGCCAAGCUCAUCAAAGACCGCGGCAUUGUUGUUGGCAUCAAGGUGGAUAAGGGUGUUGUACCCCUCGCUGGAACAAAUGGAGAGACCACCACUCAGGGUCUGGAUGGGCUGUCUGAGCGAUGUGCUCAGUACAAGAAGGACGGCGCAGACUUCGCCAAGUGGCGUUGUGUGCUGAAGAUCAGCGAAACCACGCCAUCUGAGCUGGCCAUCUUUGAGAAUGCCAACGUGCUGGCGCGAUACGCUAGCAUCUGCCAACAGAAUGGUAUUGUUCCAAUUGUGGAGCCUGAGAUCCUUCCUGACGGAGACCAUGACCUGAAGCGUUGCCAGUAUGUCACUGAGAAGGUCCUAGCUGCAGUGUACAAGUCUCUGUCAGACCACCACGUGUACCUCGAGGGGACACUGCUGAAGCCCAACAUGGUCACAGCUGGACACUCCUGCCCAACCAAGUACACCAAUGAAGAAAUCGCCAUGGCUACUGUCACUGCUCUGCGCCGCACGGUGCCUCCUGCUGUCACAGGGGUGACGUUCUUGUCUGGAGGCCAGUCUGAAGAAGAGGCCAGCGUGAACCUUAAUGCUAUCAACAACUGCCCACUCCCCAAGCCCUGGGCCCUGACUUUCUCCUACGGCCGUGCCCUGCAGGCCUCUGCUCUUAACACCUGGAAAGGACAGCUGAGCAACGAGAAGGCUGCCACUGAGGAGUUCAUCAAGCGCGCCGAGGCUAACGGUCUGGCUGCACUCGGAAAGUACCAGUCUUCUGGAAGUGGCGGCGCCGCAGCCCAGUCCCUCUAUGUGGCUAAUCAUGCCUAUUAAACAUCAAAUGCCACAUUCAACUGUGGCCUAGUUAUAGUCUUAUAUCUGCUCUGCUAUUGCCCCCCUCACUCCUCCAUCAAUCACAGACCUGUGCUGUCUGCUUUACUUUAGAGUUCUUAAAGUUCCAUUAUUAGAUGUGUAUUUGAAAACGAUGUGAAAUCGCAGCACUAAAAGAGAACAGGCUUGGGUCUCUUUUCUUUCCCAGUUUUGGAAAAAAAAAAAAAAUUAGUUUUGAGACAAUUUGAAGUUGGGGGGAAAAAAAAGUUGGAGGUUAAUCAAAAUUAUUAGUCAGUAUUCAUUUCACAGCCCUUCUUUCAUGCUCCUGUUUCUAAAGUCAGGCCCUUACUCCCCUCACAUCAAAUCUCGAAUCGCUCCCAAGCAGGUCAGGUCAGGUCAGCUUGUGUGUCAGUGUUUCGCUUCUGUCAGAACACAACAUUGUUGAAAUGCUAUACUAACAUCUGCACUGACAGUGGGACCAACUGCUUAUUAGUGGCGUCAGUAAGUAAGGAGCGACAGGGCAAACAGUGACGAUGUUGAUCUUUUGAACAAAAGCGUGGGGUGCUCUGUUGUGCUUUCAGACAGCUGUAUCUCUAGCAGAUGUUAGCAGGCACAUUAUACUGUAAUAAGCCACUACACACCAGGGUUCUUCCUAACAUUUCUUUUUUUCUUCUUGUGCUCUUUAUCACCAUUAUUGAAUCAAAAAGGAAAAAAAAAAAAAAACAUCUUGUGUGUCUGUUCUCAGUAUAACAUUAGCUUUAAAUUACAUGCAGUAAUCAAUGUAUUGAGUUGUGUGAAGGUGUCAAUAUUAUGUGAUGCUAGUGUGUCAUCCUCCCACCUGAUUUCCCCCCUGUCUGCCCUACGGAAAGAUCAGGCUAAUUUCUAUUGACAUUCACAUUAAAUGGACCAAUGGCGUGGGGUCAGCAGCGGGGAAACAGUCACUGCUGUGUUGAAAUAUUGUGUCGUUUGUGAUAAUAUUGUUCUUGAAGCACUUGGUGUGUCAAAUAGUGGAGAAAAAUAAACUAAAACCUUAAAACAUCA